AAAAUCCUACAAAGCAAAUUUCAAUAGACCGUUUCUGUGAGACGAACUCGGAUUGGACCAAAAGAAAAAGGUGAACUACUUCCAGCCUAAAGAGUGCAAUCUGAGUUAAAAAGGAAGCGUGUGACUCAGUAACAGAUCGAUUCAUCCAUUUUCUUCUCUCGGGGAGGUUUUUUUCUAAGCAUUUACAAUGUCUUCAUCGUAUCUUCCAGCAACCACUGAUUCAAUUGCUCAGGCCCUAGAAGCCAACACACCAUCUGAAGCCAUCUCAAUCCUCUAUCGUGUACUAGAAAAUCCUUCAUCUGCUCCUGACGCUCUGCGGAUUAAAGAGCAGGCCAUAACAAAUCUCUCGGAUCUUCUUAGACAGGAGAACCGAGCAGAGGAGCUCAGAAGCCUUCUGACCCAAUUGAGGCCCUUUUUUGCAUUAAUUCCAAAGGCAAAAACUGCUAAAAUUGUCCGUGGUAUAAUUGAUGAUGUAGCUAAAAUACCAGGAACAUCAGAUCUCCAGAUAUCACUUUGCAAAGAAGUGGUGCAGUGGACUCGUGCUGAGAAGCGAACCUUCCUACGUCAACGAGUUGAAGCAAAGCUUGCAGCUCUUUUGAUGGAGAACAAGGAGUACUCAGAAGCACUGAAUCUCCUUUCUGGCCUAAUCAAGGAGGUCAGAAGGUUGGAUGACAAGCUGCUUCUUGUGGACAUAGAUUUGUUGGAGAGUAAGCUUCAUUUCUCUCUUCGAAACCUGCCUAAAGCCAAGGCAUCUCUAACAGCUGCAAGAACAGCAGCAAAUGCAAUUUAUGUGCCUCCUGCUCAACAGGGUACUAUAGAUUUGCAGAGUGGAAUUCUCCAUGCAGAGGAGAAGGAUUACAAAACUGCUUAUAGCUAUUUCUUUGAAGCAUUUGAAGCUUUCAAUGCUCUUGAAGAUCCUCGUGCGGUAUUUAGCCUCAAGUAUAUGUUGUUGUGCAAGAUAAUGGUGAGCCAGGCUGAUGAUGUUGCUGGUAUAAUAUCAUCCAAGGCAGGGCUACAGUAUUUGGGGCCUGAACUUGAUGCCAUGAAAGCUGUUGCUGAUGCCCAUGCAAAACGCUCCCUGAAGCUUUUUGAGAUUGCUCUUCGUGAUUUCAGGGCCCAACUAGAGGAAGAUCCUAUUGUUCACAGGCACCUUUCUUCCCUGUACGACACCCUAUUGGAGCAGAACCUUUGCAGAUUGAUUGAGCCUUUCUCAAGGGUUGAAAUCGCUCAUAUUGCUGAACUGAUUGAAUUGCCUGUAGAUCAUGUGGAGAAGAAACUUUCUCAGAUGAUUCUGGAUAAGAAGUUUGCAGGGACUCUGGAUCAGGGUGCUGGAUGUCUCGUCAUCUUUGACGAUCCCAAGACUGAUGCCAUCUACCCUGCAACAUUGGAAACAAUCUCCAACAUUGGCAAGGUUGUAGAUAGCCUCUAUGUGAGGUCUGCUAAGAUAAUGGCAUAGGGUUCGAGAUUUAGCAUUGCUUAUAUAUAGCUUGCUACUCACUUCUAGCCUGAAACAAAUUAGUGUUCAGUGACACAAGUGGCUGCUAGAUAUUUAAGAGUUUUAGUGUUUCAGCUUUUAAUGGUAUUGCGGCUGAACAUUUGAUUCAAAUAUGUGGAGUUGAUUCAGACAA